AUGCGUGCCUACAUUUAUGAUACUGCAGAUACUUCGGACCAACGGGAAGCUCACGACACUGGCAUUAACAAAAGUGUCGAGGACUUAAAGCGUAUUGGUGUCUUGUACUGGCGAUUCAGUGGCCCUACUGCCCUUGACGAUUUGAAUGCUUUGGCCAAGGAAAGAGACUAUAAGAAUCGUGAUCAGAUUGUUGUCUCUCCCGAGGUAAUGGGCGACGUCUACGAAGAGAAAGUGAAAAUGUUCUUUGCCGAACAUCUUCAUGAAGACGAAGAAAUCCGUUAUGUGCUUGAUGGCACUGGCUUUUUUGAUGUCCGAGACCAAGAAGAUGUGUGGAUCCGGAUCCAGGUUGAAAAGGAUGAUAUGCUUGUCUUGCCUGCAGGUAUCUAUCACCGCUUCACAUCCGACACUAAGAACUAUAUAAAGGCUUUGCGUCUUUUCAAGGAUGAACCCAAGUGGGUUGCUAUCAACCGUCCUGACGCAGAUGACAACUCGUACCGAAGCGAAUAUCUCCAUACUAUUAAAACAUAA